AUGUGUCAUUACGCCUUGCGCCUAGCAUCCCCGAUGAUCUCAUCUCCCGUUUCCAUCUGCAUCCGCGGUUCUAGAUCCAUCGACGCCCUCAACCCGCUGCGCGCUCUCUCCGGCCGCCUCUCGCCCACUCGGGUCUCGAUAUCGGCCAUGGCCAACUUGGAAGCAGUCCACAACGCCGGCACUUGGUACUCCGUUCCGGAUCUGAGUCUGCGCGACCACCGAUUCACUGUGCCCCUCGAUUAUUCCGCUUCUUCCGGCGCCAACAUCGCCGUCUUCGCUCGCGAGGUCGUCGCCGUUGGGAAAGAAGAUCAGCAAUUGUCAUACUUAUUGUACCUCCAAGGUGGACCUGGAUUCGAAAGUCCUCGGCCAACUGAGGCUAGUGGGUGGCUAAAGCGAGCAUGUGAAGAAUAUAGAGUUAUUUUGCUUGAUCAGCGAGGAACAGGUCUAUCAACUCCAUUAACAGUAUCAUCUCUUUCACAAUUCACAACUGCAGCAGAGAUGGUUGAGUAUCUGCAGCAUUUCCGAGCAGAUAAUAUAGUCAAAGAUGCUGAGUUUAUUCGCAAACAUCUUGUUCCAGAUUUUGGUACUUGGACAGUGCUAGGGCAAAGCUAUGGAGGCUUUUGUGCGGUUACCUACUUGAGUUUUGCCCCAGAAGGCCUCAAGUCUGUUCUUCUAACUGGUGGACUUCCACCAGUUGGUAAGGGUUGCACUGCAGAUGUUGUAUACAAAGCAUGCUUUGAGCAAGUUGUGCAUCAAAAUGAGAAGUACUAUAAGAGGUUUCCUCAGGAUGCUAAAGUUGUUUGUGAUCUAGUAAAUUAUUUGGCCAAAGCUGAAGGUGGAGGGGUGCCUCUGCCUUCUGGUGGAAUUUUAACUCCAAAGGGGUUGCAAACUAUUGGACUUGCAGGUUUAGGCUCUGGUGGCGGUUUUGAACGUCUACAUUACAUGUUUGAGAGAGUCUGGGAUCCUGAACUUGUUCCAGGCACAGGGAAGCGAAUAAGUUAUUACUUUUUGAAGGCUUUUGAGAGUUGGAUAGAAUUUGAUACAAAUCCACUCUAUGCUCUUUUGCAUGAAUCUAUAUACUGUCAGGGUGCCCCAUCAAAAUGGUCUGCUCAAAAAAUAAGGAGUGAACAUGAAAACAUAUUUGAUCCAAUUGGAGCUGCUAAAGAAUGUCGCCCUGUAUAUUUUACUGGAGAGAUGAUAUUUCCGUGGAUAUUUGAUGAGAUCCAUGCUUUGAAAAGUCUCAAGGAAGCUGCUCAUUUGUUGGCUGAGAAGAAAGAUUGGCGUCCAUUAUACGACAUUGACAGGCUAAACAACAAUAAGGUUCCUGUUGCUGCUGCUGUUUAUUAUGAAGACAUGUAUGUCAACUUCAAACUUGCAAUGGAAACAGCUGCUGAAAUUGCUGGGAUCAGGCUUUGGGUAACAAAUGAAUACAUGCAUUCUGGACUCCGUGACAGUGGGCAUCAAGUUUUCGAUCAAUUGAUGGGUAUGCUACAAGGAAAGAAACCUUGUUUCUGAUUUUUUUUUUUUUUUGUAUAUUUGCGAGAGCAAUUAAGUUGAAUCGUUUUUGCUGAUUGCUUCCAUAUUUCUAGAAGUAUACCACCUUGUUAAGGUAGCAAAUGCUUUAUUAGUAUGUACUGAUUCAUGUUGGCUUAUAUGGAUAAAAUGACAUUCUCUAGUUA